GACAUGUACGAGGGGGUUACCAGCCCUGGGAAUUUUGGGUGUUCUCUGUCACAGGCUAUACUUCAUCUAUGGCGAGCAUCAUGUUAAGGCGGGAUUUUAUUUUACGGCUUUGGUUUCUUGUCACAGCAUCCAUCACCGUUAUUCUCUCCCUCGGGGGUGGCCACGAAACACACAAUGGGUUUGGCUAGGGUAACUUCGACGCCUUCAAUGUGGCUUUUAUCCUGAAUUGUGCUUUUUUAGGCGCUAUGUUUGGAAGCAUAUUCGUUUAUAGGAUAUUUCAACACCCAUUAAGACACUUUGAAGGACCAUUCCUAGCUUCUGUAUCAAAGCUAUGGCACUAUAUCCACAUGUCUUAUAUAGAGCGCCAAUUACUCUUUUUUGGGUAUGGAUCAACCUCCUCCCAUUUAACAUUAACAACCAAUGCCGACCCCUGGCAAUCGUGGAAGAUAGAAUAAACAAACCAUGGCGAACGAUGCCUUCUGGACGACUGUCUGCGAGACAGGCCAAAUAUUCGAUGAUUCUCUUCUACCACGUUGCCAUUCUUACUAGUUGGAUGAUUGGGGGACUUCGGCCAAGCCUAGCUCUCAUCAUACUAGGAUUCUGGUACAAUCGACUUGGAGGUGCUGAUAGUAAUGGAUUCGUACGAAACUUAAUCAACGCUCUCGGAUUUACUUGCUUCGGGAUCGGCUCACUCGAGCUUACUUUGAAUCAAGAGAUAAGUUUCGAUCUUAAAGGAUUCGACGAUUUAAUGAUGUGGAUCUUUGUGGUGGCUACUGUUGUGCUCACUACAGUCCAUGUACAAGACAUGUCCGACCAAGUAGGCGACGCACUCAUAAAUCGCAAAUCACUUCCACUCCAAAUCGGAGAUGGUCCCGCCCGUUGGAGUAUCAUAGGAUUCAUGAGUUUAUGGAGCGUCUUCUGUCCUUAUUUUUGGAGAUGUGGCUGGUUUGGGUACACGAUCAGUACGCCCCUAGCAACUCUUGUGUCGUAUAGGAGUUAUAAGUAUCGCACUGCCCAAUCCGACAAGAUUACAUAUCAAAUCUGGAAUAUUUGGAUGGCGAGCCUGUAUUUCUUACCUCUGAUCGGACGUAAGGCUGAGGUAGUCUAAGGAGUUCGCACUGGAAGAGGCAAGGGGCGCAUUUGUACGUAGAUUUCUGUAGCCAUUAUUCGUGAACUCUUCAACGGAGUUCAUAUCCCGCUUUUAUUGAUCAUAUUACGUCUUAAC